GGCUCCUCGGCGUGGCCCUCCCGCCGUGACUCGGUUUCCCCAGGGGCCCCGGCGGCCGGGCAGCCCAGCUUCCGCCUCCGUGCGACCCCCUGCAGCCCGGCACCCGCACAUCCGCCAGAACCACGACGGCGCCGCUACCCCCGCGCGCCCCGUCCAGCAUCACCAGGUGUGCUUGAGCCCAUGCCAGACCACCCUACCUGCAGCCUUGACCCGAUGGGGUGGUGACCGUCCCUGCUCCACUCUGGCACCAUGUGGCCCAAUGGCAGUUCUCUGGGGCCCUGUUUCCGGCCAACAAACAUCACGCUGGAGGAGCGGCGCCUGAUCGCCUCCCCAUGGUUCGCGGCCACCUUCUGCCUGGUGGGCCUGGCCUCCAACCUGCUGGCGUUGAGCGUGCUGGCGAGCGCGCGGCAGGGCAGCUCCCAGGGGCGGUCCUCCUUCCUUACCUUCCUCUGUGGCCUGGUCAUCACCGACUUCAUGGGGCUGCUGGUCACCGGCGCCAUCGUGGUAUCCCAGCACGCCAUCCUCUUCGACUGGCAGGCCGUGGACCCCGGUUGCAGCCUGUGCCAUUUCAUGGGCGUUAUCAUGGUCUUUUUUGGCCUGUGCCCGCUGCUCCUGGGGGCUGCCAUGGCCUCAGAGCGCUACCUGGGCAUCACCCAGCCCUUCUCACGGCCGGCGACCGCCUCGCAGCGCCGGGCCUGGACCACGGUGGGGCUGGUGUGGACUGCCGCGCUGGCACUGGGCCUGCUGCCCAUGCUGGGCGUGGGCCGCUACACCCUGCAGUACCCGGGCUCCUGGUGCUUCCUCACGCUCGGUGCUGAGACGGGGGACGUGGCCUUCGGCCUGCUCUUCGCGCUCCUUGGGAGCCUCUCGGUGGGGCUGUCCUUCCUGCUCAACACGAUCAGUGUGGCCACCCUGUGCCGCGUCUACCACGGGCAGGAGGCUGCCCAGCAGCGCCCGCGGGACUGCGAGGUCGAGAUGAUGGCGCAGCUCCUGGGCAUCAUGGUGGUGGCCAGCAUCUGCUGGAUGCCGCUGCUGGUCUUCAUCGCCCAGACAGUGCUGCGGAGCCCGCCCGUCAUGAGCCCGAGCGGGCAGCUGUCCCGAGCCACCGAGCGGCAGCUGCUCAUCUACCUGCGCGUGGCCACCUGGAACCAGAUCCUCGACCCCUGGGUGUACAUCCUGUUUCGCAGGGCGGUGAUCCGGCGCUUCUACCCUCGCCUCGGCACCCCGUCCUCUAGCCUCAGCACCCGGUCCAGGUCGCUCUCCCUGCAACCCCAGCUCACUCGCAGGUCCACGAUUCACUAGGCCCUGGGCUGGACGUCGGGGGGCGCUGUGGAAGACCAGAGCACCCUGCCAGCCUGUCCCCCAUCAAACCUUCGUCCUCCCCGUUGGUCACAGCUGUUCUGAAGUCCUGGAGCCAGGAGGGCAGGAUGGACAAAGGCUUUGAGUGGCAGGAUUGUGUGCUGUCUUCCAUCAGCCCCUGGGACGCCCCCCCAACUCUUCCCUGCUUCCCCUUUCCAAGCCCCUCCCCUCUCUCAGCCCCCUCCCCUCUCUGCGUCCCCUCCCAACCCCAGGAAGGGUGUGGGCGGUGCUGGGAAGGUCUCUGGAGGAGAUCAGACUUGUAAGCCUCCCCUUGCAGAAAUCCUCCAGAAGUGGGGGACUGACCCCUGAAUGUGACCUACUUACUGGGGUACAGUUGAUUCUCUUUGACACCCCAAUUCGAGAAGACUCUGCCUAGGAAAGGUUGAAUGCCAAUGGGCAACACAUGCCCUCUCUUGCCAAAAUAUAAUCUCUGCCUCAGCUUU